AAUUCACAAGUUUGCAUUUGUGUAUAGCGCCCUCUGUCAGAUGACUUUUGAGGACACAACUGAGCCACGAACAAACACACAUUAGCACAUGUAAAAUCCCUUCAUGUCAGACAUCUUUGGACGAUAUUUUCUGAGAAUCGUUUGAGGUUUUGUCUCUUUUGAGACCCAAGAAACUGAAAUAAGAGGGAAAGGAUGCAAGGAGUUUUCACGAAGCCACUGCGAACCAUUUCAUGGAAGACUUGCGAAUCAUUUUCAUGGAAUAAAUGCGAGAUGUUAUAAUCAACGGCUUCUGUAGAGACCCUUGUUUACUCCUUAGUUACCGACCUUUGACCUAGAUGUGACCUGUGACCUAGAUGUGACCUGUGACCCCCUGCGAAACCCCUAGUAGUAGCACUACGAACACCUAAAAGACUGCACCUCGAAAUUGAUUUAGUGCUGCCGCUACAGUGAAAACUCCUGCGUAACUUAAGCAGUCUUUGCUACAAGAACUUCCCCCUGCGUGAUCAGUGAUUGUGCGACACAUCCUCACAUCUGGAGACGAGGCUGUACCUGCGUUGAGUACUGAUGAGAUGGCUUCACUCUUGUAGCUGCGACACGAGUGCCCGUUCCGGUACCAUCAACCAUCGACCCUGCGACCCUGCGACCUGUCGUCCGUUGCGACCGUGACUUCCGUCCUACCGGACAUCAUGGACAUGGGAUUUCUUGAUCAUCAAGACUUCAUCGUGGAUCUUUGAACUGGACAGUAAAAACUGAGUUUGCGUCUAUUUGUGCAUUUUGAAUUGCAUAAUUGUAAUUUGCAUUUGUGAUUUGAUGCAAAUUGUUAUUUGAUUUGAGCUUUGUUGAUAACAAUUCAGAAUUUGUUCCAGAAUAUAAAUAUACUGUAUGCGAUACAUGUACACUGAAUUAUAGUGGUAUUGAGAUCAAUCACAUUGUUUGCCAUUUUCCGUUCACGUGCGAAGUGUAUUUUACUACAAGUAUUGCAUGUACAUGUGUAGUGCUAGUUACAUGUACAUGUACAUGUACAUAGGUGUGUAUCAUUGAACAUACAUGGUGUAUAUGCAAUUGUUUUACAUGUAAGUUGGAUUUGGUGAUACAAGUAGAUUGCACAAAUUUAUUUGUGUUUAUAAUUGUACCUUUUGUUGAUUUUACACCCAUUGAAUUUGAGCAAAGAGUUACAUACUAGAUAGUAUUAACUGUUUGUUGAUUAAGUUUUGAAACUUGAUAUACAUGUAAGUCUACAUCAGUACAUGUGUUCUGUACGCCAUGGCUGACUCAACAGAAGAACGAAAGCAGUCUUCGCCUACACCCUUCCUCGUUCCUACACCAGAAAUUCCGGAAACACCAGAUGCGCAACCCCCCUCUAGUGAACUGACAUCAAUACUCUGCAACCCACAGCUUCUUCAGCAAAUUAGAGAUCAUAUCUUGAGCAAAGAAGAACGCCUCAGCGGACGUUCAAGAGCCACCAGAUCUUCAAGGCAAUCUUCAAGAUUUUCAGGAGUUUCGGUCAAGGCAACGCUUGCUGCCGAGGCAGCUGCCUUGAAAGCGAGGCUUGAGUUUGCAGAUGUUGAAGGAAAACAGAGAGCAGAGGUCGAACGGCAACAAGCUGAACUCAAGAAAAUCCAAACUUUGACAGACCUGCAUGAAACCGAAGCAAGGUUAAAGGCCAUCGAGCAAUCAGAACGAGAAGAAUAUGCUGAAAUUGUGAUUGAUGCUGUGAAGGAAACAGACAGCAAAACUUCACUAGUAGAAGAAUACAUCAAAUCCCUGCCUACCCCGAACGCUACUCAUGGAGCGGAUGAGUCUGCAGUAAAGUCAGUCUCACCAGUAGGAACACCGGAAAUUCCACAGCCAGACCAAGACUCUAGUACAUCACAGCAGCAGAUCAAAAACGAGUUGAGAACGCCCAGUCCACAGACUACGCUGCAAGAUCUCACAAAGACGUUUGCAGAGCAGAUAAACCUGAGUCGUCUACCGACGCCAGAGCCUGGUGUAUUUACUGCCGACCCCCUUAAGUAUCCAAGAUGGAAGCGUGCCUUCGAAAUACUCAUCGAACAGAGGGGCAUCCCACGCUCAGAGAGACUCCACUACCUACAAAAGUACCUGGGUGGAGCUGUGAAGGAGUCCAUUGAAGGCUACUUCUUCCUCUCAACUGACGAUGCAUUUGACAAGGCAAAGGAGCUUCUUGAGAAGAGAUUUGGUGAUCCCUUUGUUGUCGCCAACGCUUUCCGCAACAAGCUGGAAUCAUGGCCCAAGAUCUCUCCUCGUGAUGGAACUGGGAUGCGAAAUCUUGCUGACUUCCUCGGUCAGUGCCAGGUGGCUAUGGAGACAAUUGGUAGCCUCCAGGUACUCGAUGACGAAAGAGAGAACAGAAAAGUACUCGUCAAGCUCCCUGACUGGUUGAUCAACAAAUGGGCUAGAAAGGCUGUGGAGUUCAAAGAAAAACAGAAGAAGUAUCCUCCAUUCAGCGACUUUGUAAAGUUCAUGCAACUGGAGGCCAAGAUUGCAUGCGACCCUGUGACUUCGAUACAAGGACUCAGGGGACAAGACAGACAAAACGACAAAGGUGAAAGGAAAAGAACCCCUGGAGGGAGUUCCUUCUCAACCAGUGCGAAUGAGGCAACAAAGAACAGCAACACAGGAAGGGGGAUCCAGAAUCCGAAGUCCUGCCUUCUCUGUAGCAAGAAUCACAACUUGGGCGAUUGCUGGGAAUUUCUGAAACAGCCAUUGGAAGAGCGCAAGACUUUUGCGAUGAAAAAGGGGCUUUGUUUCGGAUGUCUUAGCCAAGGGCAUAUGUCAAAGCACUGCAAACGGAGAGCCACGUGCAAAACCUGUGCAAAGUCUCAUCCGACAGCUCUUCAUGGAGACAUAAGAAAGACAGAGAAACCCACAGAAGGUGGAAAAAAUCCUCAGCAGAAUUCUGAGAAGCAGCAAACAUCUGUCAGCUCCCACACAGGUGUUAGUCAUCUUAGUGGAACGAGCAACUGCUGUAAAAGUUCGAUGAUCGUCCCAGUAUGGGUCUCACAUCGUGAUAAACCGGAGAAAGAGAGGCUGGUCUAUGCGCUCUUGGACACUCAGUCAGAUACGACAUUCAUUUUGGACAGCACUUGCGAGGCAUUGGAUCUACAGGGUACCAAGGUCAAUUUACUGCUGUCCACCAUGUUUGCGGAGGAUCAGAAGGUAGCAAGCAGAAAGAUAGAUGGGCUGAUAGUGCGUGGGUUCGACAGCCAUCUAAAGAUUUCGCUACCAGCUGCAUACUCAAGGGAAAUAAUGCCAGCCAACCGUUCUCAUAUCCCGACCUCAGAGAUGGCCAGGAAGUGGCCACACUUGGAGAAGCUUGCUGAUUUGUUGAUGCCUUCGACUGACUGCGAAGUAGGCAUUCUCAUCGGCUAUAAUUGUCCGCGUGCCUUGGCACCUUGUGAUGUCGUUCCUCCUGUCAACAAUGGACCAUAUGGUCAAAGGACCGUCCUUGGCUGGGGCAUCGUUGGUAUUGUAGACCCAAACCAGUGCGAAGUCGACGACUGUGAUCCCAUUGGUGUGAGUCACAGAAUUCUGAUCCAUGAAGUACCAUCGUUUUUGACAGUUGGUGAAAGUCCAAAGGGAUGUACAGAAGAGAAUGUUGAUAACAUUCAAUUCUCCUUCAGAAGUCGUGUAAAGGAGAUGGUCAGUCCCUACGAAGUUGCACAAAUGAUGGAACUAGACUUCUCUGAGCGAAAGUCAGACGAGAUUGCACUGUCUCAAGACGACCGUAAGUUCUUGACCAAGAUGGAGGAGGGUAUUCAUCAAAGAUGCGACAGUCACUUUGUCAUGCCGUUACCCUUCAAGGAAGCAGAACCUAAACUUCCAAACAACAAGAUUCAAGCUCUUCAGCGUCUCAAGCAGCUAAAGGGCCGGUUCAAGAAGAACCCGCAGUAUCACAGCGAGUACAAUGCCUUCAUGAAUAACAUCAUCAAGAGUGGCUAUGCUCAGAAGGUUCCUGAUUCCGAGCUUGAUGUCUCUGAUGACUGUGUAUGGUACAUACCCCAUCAUGGUGUCUACCGUCCGAAAAAACCUGAGAAAAUCAGAGUGGUCUUUGACUGCAGUGCCAAGUUUGAAGGAAAGUCUUUGAAUGACUAUCUCCUACAGGGUCCUGACCUGACCAACACACUUGUGGGUGUCCUAUGUAGAUUUCGACAACAACCGAUCGCCUUUAUGUGCGACAUAGAGCAGAUGUUUUACCAGUUCUAUGUGAUUCCAGACCACCGGAAGUUCCUUCGAUUCUUGUGGUGGGAAAAGGGAGACCCUGAAGCUGAACCAAAGGAGUUCCAGAUGAAUGUCCAUCUGUUUGGUGCGGCAUCAUCCCCUGGGUGUGCGAACUUUGGUCUCAAACAAAUUGCGAACAGCUACGAAGAAGAAUGUGGUUCUGCAGCUGCGAACUUUGUGCGAAAUGACUUCUAUGUGGAUGACGGUCUGAGAUCUGUUUCCACCAGCGAAGAAGCCAUUGAGUUGAUAACGAAGACCAAGGAUCUCUGUGGCAGAGGUGGUUUGCGAUUGCAUAAGUUUGUCUCCAAUUCACGAGAAGUGAUGGAAGCAGUUUCGCCACAGGAUCGUGCCAAAGGAAUCAAGGAUCUUGACUUGCGUCACGACUCUCUCCCCAUCGAGCGAGCACUUGGCGUCCACUGGUGUAUCGAGUCGGACACAUUCCAGUUUCGAAUCAUUCUGAAGGACCAACCACUCACAAGACGAGGAAUCCUUUCCACGAUCAGUUCGGUAUAUGAUCCUCUUGGAUUUGUGAGUCCUGUUCUGUUGGUUGGUAAGCAGAUAUUACAGGAGCUGUGCAGAAAUCAGGCAGAGUGGGAUGAUCCACUUCCUGAAUCCUUACGGCCAACUUGGGAACGGUGGAGGAGUGAUUUGGCUCUUUUAGAGAACUUCAAGAUGCGACGAUGCUUUCUUCCGGAGAAUUUUGGUCGUGUUGAAUCAGUAGAGAUUCAUCAUUUCUCUGAUGCGAGUACCACUGGCUAUGCCCAAUGUUCAUACCUGAGACUCACCGAUGACCAGCGAAGAGUACACUGCAGCCUCAUCAUGGGGAAAUGCAGAGUUUGUCCUCUGAAGCCAGUUUCUGUGCCACGCCUUGAGCUAACAGCUGCGGUGGUGUCGGUCCGUGUCAGUGCUCUGUUACAGAAGGAGCUCGAGUAUGAGAAUGUCUAUGAGGUCUUCUGGACCGACAGUAGAGUAGUGUUGGGCUACAUUGCCAAUGAUGCACGGAGAUUCCAUGUUUUUGUUGCGAAUCGGGUACAGCGUAUCAGAGACCACACCAAGCCUUCCCAGUGGCGACAUGUUGCUACAGAUGUUAAUCCGGCAGAUGACGGAUCAAGGGGUCUUGGAGUUGAGGAAUUGAUGAACAAAUCAAGGUGGCUUGUUGGACCUAACUUUCUGUGGGAAGAGCAGGUUCCUAUCACACUCGAAGCCAGCAGUCCAACCAUUUCUCCAGAGGAUCCGGAGGUGAAGAAGGUCAAGAGCCUUGCUACACAGACUGCGAAGCAGACAUUCGAGCUUGAACGUCUUGAGCGCUUCUCUGAAUGGCAUCAAGCCAAGAGAGCUAUAGCGACUUGUCUGAAGUUCAAGUCUCUCCUGAUGAAGCGUUCCAUAAAGAAACCACAGCCAAAUUCGAUCCAGGCUCUACGAAAAGAUGCGAUUCCUCUUUACAAACCUGUGAUGGUAGAGGACAUGUGCCAAGCGGAACUAGAAAUCCUGAGACUGGUGCAGAAAGAAGCCUUUGCAGAGGAAAUCAAAAUCCUGCAAUCUUUCAAGGUCAACAGCGACAACCCUAGUAGAUCCAAGGUUCGAGAGCGUAACAAAGUCAUGAAGACUAAGAGUUGUCUCUACAAAUUGGACCCAUUUCUGGAUGCUGACAACAUUCUGCGAGUUGGAGGCCGCAUUAGAAGGGCUGGGUUUCCUUCUAACUUCAAACACCCAGCUGUCUUGCCCAGAAAGCACCACAUCACCGAAUUGAUCAUUCGACAUUGCCAUCAGCAAACCCAACAUCAGGGUCGGGGCAUGACCGUGAAUCAAAUCCGAAUGAAUGGCUUUUGGAUUAUUGGCUGUAGCUCGGCUGUUUCCUACUACAUAUCCAAAUGCGUACGAUGCAGGAAGCUCUUCGGCCAAGUUCAAGAGCAGAAAAUGGCGGACCUGCCGGAAGACCGUCUCGAACCGGCACCACCAUUUACCAACUGUGGCGUGGACUUCUUUGGUCCUUGGUACAUCAAAGAAGGAAGAAAGGAAUUAAAGAGAUACGGAGUUCUCUUCACGUGCAUGGCAACACGUGCCAUUCACAUCGAAACAGCAGCAAGUCUCAGCUCAGACUCCUUCAUCAACGCUGUACGGAGAUUCAUUUCCAUUCGUGGGCCCAUACGACAGCUGAGAUCUGAUAGAGGCACGAACUUCAUUGGGGCAGAGUCCGAGCUCAAAGAAGCUGUCGCUGAAAUGGACCAUAGCUCUGCGAGGCAGUUUCUCCUGAAGGAGGGAUGCGAUUACAGCCACUAUGAAGUCAAGAUGAAAGCUCCAUCAGCCAGCCAUACAGGAGGAGCAUGGGAACGACAGAUACGUUCGGUGCGUAGAGUUCUGGGGCCACUGAUGCAUCAGGCAGGCUCUCAGCUUGAUGACGAGUCUUUGAGAACACUGAUGUGUGAAGCAGCUGCAAUUGUUAACAGUAGACCUCUUACAGUGGACAACUUGAAUGACCCAACUUCGCUUGCGCCACUUACCCCAAAUCACCUGUUGACGAUGAAAUCCACUAUCAUCUUGCCACCGCCUGGAAGGUUCCAGCGUACUGACAUAUACUCCCGUAAACGAUGGCGUCGAGUUCAAUACAUGACGAAUGAGUUUUGGUCACGAUGGAGGAAGGAGUUUAUUCAAAACCUCCAACUGCGUCAAAAGUGGAUACGACCACAGGAUGACCUUCACAUUGGGGACAUUGUCAUCAUCAAAGACGAGAAUCUUCCUCGCAAUCAAUGGUUGCUUGCUCGGAUUGCUCAGGUGUUCCCAGGCGAGGACAAUCAUGUAAGGAGGGUCAAACUCGCUAUUGGUGACCCCCACUUGGACGACAAGGGAAAGCGAGUCCAUUCUGAGAAGUUCCUGGAGCGUCCCAUUCAGAAGCUAGUCUUACUUGUGGAGGACUUGGAGACCAGGGGAAUCCCCGACGAGGAGCCCUGA